CAACAGAUUUUAAACGGCGGCAUGGAAUGGUAUAAACCGGGAGAAUACGGCCUAUAAAGAUCUACCUCAGCUAGAAUCUCAGUGGGUCUUGGACUGAUUCUUUUUUUUUUACGUGAGUGACAACACUGCAGUUUGGUUCAGUAUAUAAUCUUGGUCUGGUGAGUCUCGGACUAAUUCUGAGCUACUACAGAGAUAAAUCUGUGUCCAUCUGAAACUGAAUCACAAAGAGAAUGUAUGGAGAAAGAAAAGUGUUCGGGACUAUCUGUCCAAACACAGUGGCUCCUCAUCAGAAUCAAGACAGAAGACAGACAGCAGCUAGAAAGGGCAGACCGAGGCUCCCCAGGAGCAGCAGCCCGGUCGCACUGUAUGUGGACCGGAAUCCCUGCAUCGUUGAAGAGGCAUUCUCAACGAUAGCAUGGGAUGACUUGGAGGAAUGCGCGUCCGUGAUGAGGCGAGAGAGCGACUCCCUGGGUUCCCAGGUGAACGAUUCCGACGGAGACGACCAGGACUUCGGGGAAUAUGCCCUGGACUUUAUAGCUGACUCUCCAGCCACAUUGGAGCGCAGUCUGUCUCCAGCUGAUCUGGUGGCCUUCCAAGGAUGUAUCAUCCCUCCUCUCACCCCCCAGCGGGAGCCCUGUCCAGAGGACAAGGACCAGCAGUGCUACCCUUCCUCAGACCCAGGCCUCGGACAGCAUCAGGCCCAGGAUGGGUUACUCUGGAGGGGCAUUGCUCAGCACCACACCAGGGUCCUGGGACACACACUGGAGACCAACAGCCAGCUUCACCUGACUGUGAGCAGGAGGCAGGAGGAGAUUAACGCUCUGCUGCAACGCAAUGUCCACCUCAGAGAACUGGCCACCAGAGCUAAACACCUAGCCUCUGUCCUGGAUAAGCUGAUGAUGGUGAGGGAACCAUCAUGUUUUCGACAACCCUCAACAUCCCCCUGUGACGAACCCCCCAUGUCAACACUCCCAUGUAAGAGGCAGCGUCUGGAAGACACUUGUGACGACACAUCGCCCCCUGGGUGUGUGGAAGACAUCCUACGGGAUGUCAGCGAGCGCUGCAACACCGUCCUGAACCACAGCACAGUUCAAACACCUCUUACCCAGGAUAAUGACCCAGAGAGAAUACUGAUGUUCGGAGCGUUCUCUGGACUGCAGACAUCCAGGACCACAGGUGCCGCUGUGGUGAGCAUGGAGGACACAGAGGCAGGAGAGAGCAGUAGUGACUCGUCUUUCAGGACUUCAAUUAGGGAACACUGUACGAUCAGGACUCAGACCUUCCCUCACGGACACGCCUUCACCUCCAGGACGACCCAGGGUGGGUACCGCUUCCGCUGGGUUCCCAGCCAGAGCUAGUCGUUAGCGGUACUGGGUUCCCGGCCAGAGCUAGCCGUUAGCGGUACUGGGUUCCCAGCCAGAGCUAGCCCUUAGCAAUGCUGGGUUCCCAGCCAGAGCUAGCCAUUAGCGGUACUGGGUUCCCAGCCAGAGCUAGCCCUUAGCGGUACUGGGUUCCCAGCCAGAGCUAGCCGUUAGCGGUACUGGGUUCCCAGCCAGAACUAGCCCUUAGCGGUACUGGGUUCCCAGCCAGAGCUAGCCAUUAGCGGUACUGGGUUCCCAGCCAGAGCUAGCCGUUAGCGGUACUGGGUUCCCAGCCAGAGCUAGCCCUUAGCGGUACUGGGUUCCCAGCCAGAGCUAGCCAUUCGCGGUACUGGGUUCCCAGCCAGAGCUAGCCCUUAGUGGUACUGGGUUCCCAGCCAGAGCUAUCCCUUAGCGGUACUGGGUUCCCAGCCAGAGCUAGCCCUUAGUGGUACUGGGUUCCCAGCCAGAGCUAGCCCUUAGCGGUACUGGGUUCCCAGCCAGAGCUAUCCCUUAGCAUUAGCACUGAGCUCGAGCCAUCUUGAAAAUGUAGUAGGUAAUGCUGUUAUAAGACUGCCAGCUUUGGCUAAAUACUAGCUACACUAUAUUUAUAAAAGUAUGUGGACACGCCUUCAAAUGAGUGGAUUCGGCUAUUUCAGCCACAUGUUGCUGACAGGUGUAUAAAAUCGAGCACACAGCCACGCAAUCUCCAUAAACAAACAUUGGCAAUAGAAUGGUCUUACUGAAGAGGCUCCCUAGUGGAUGCAGAAGUCUAAGGCACUGCAUCUCAGUGCUCGAGGUGUCACUACAGACCCUGGUUCGAUUCCAGGCUGUAUCAUAACCGGCCAUGAUUGAGAGUACCAUAGGGUGAAGUACAAUUGGCCCAGCGUUGUUUGGGUUAGAGUUUGGCAGGGUAGGCCGCCAUUGUUCUUAUUAACUGACUUACCGAGUUAAAUAAAAUAAAUAAAAAGCGCUCAGCGACUUUCAACCUUGGUACUGUCAUAGGAACCACCUUUCCAACACGUCAGUUUGUCAAAUUUCUGCCCUGCUAGAGCUUCCCCAGUCAGCUGUUAUUGUGAAGUGGAAACGUCUAGGAGCAGCAACGGCUCAGCCGCGAAGUGGUAGGCCACACAAGUUCACAGAACGGGACCCCCAAAGCGCCUAGCGUGUAAAAAUCUUGGUUAUAACAACACUCACUACUGAGUUCCAAACUGCCUCUGGAAGCAACGCCAGCACAAUAACUGUUCGUCAGGAGCUUCAUGAAAUGGAUUUUCAUGGGCAAGCAACCGCACACAAGCCUAAGAUCACCACACACAUUGCCAAGCGUCGGUUGGAGUGGUGUAAAGCUCGCUGCCAUUGGAGCAGUGGAAACGCAUUCUCUGAAGUGAUAAAUCAAGCUUCAACAUGUGCCAGUCCGAUGGAUGAAUCUGGGUUUGGCGGAUGCCAGGAGAACGCUACCUGCCCAAAUGCAUAGUGCCAACUGUAAAGUUUGGUGGAGGGGGAAAAAUGGUCUGGGGUUGUUUUUCAUGGUUCGGGUCCCUUAGUUCCAGUGGAGGGAGAUCUUAAUGCUACAGCAUACAAUGACAUUCUAGACGAUUUCUUUGUUUCCAAAUUUGUGACAACAGUUUGGGGAAAGACCUUUCCUGUUUCAGCAUGACAAUGACCCUCGUGCACAACGCGAAGUCCAUACAGAAAUGGUUUGUCGGUGUGGAAGAACUUGACUGGCCUGCACAGAGCCCUGGCCUCAACCCCAUCGAACACAUUUGGGAUGAAUCGGAACGCUGACUGCGAGCCAGGCCUAAUCGCCCAACAUCAGUGCCUGACCUCACUAAUGCUCUUGUGGAUGAAUGGAAGCAAGUCCCCAAAGCAAUGUUCCAUCAUCUAGUGGAAAGCCUUUCCAGAAGAGUGGAGGCUGUUAUAGCAGCAAUGUUCCAACAUCUAGUGGAAAGCCUUUCCAGAAGAGUGGAGGCUGUUAUAGCAGCAAUGUUCCAACAUCUAGUGGAAAGCCUUCCCAGAAGAGUGGAGACUGUUAUAGCAGCAAUGUUCCAACAUCUAGUGGAAAGCCUUCCCAGAAGAGUGGAGGCUGUUAUAGCAGCAAUGUUCCAACAUCUAGUGGAAAGCAUUCCCAGAAGAGUGGAGGCUGUUAUAGCAGCAAUGUUCCAUCAUCUAGAGGAAAGCCUUCCCAGAAGAGUGGAGGCUGUUAUAGCAGCAAUGUUCCAACAUCUAGUGGAAAGCCUUCCCAGAAGAGUGGAGGCUGUUAUAGCAGCAAAGGGGGGACCAACUCCAUAUUAAUGCCUAUGAUUUUGGAAUGAGAUGUUCGACGAGCAGGUGUCCACGUCAUUUUGGUCAUGUAGUCAUGUAAUGUCAGACCCUCCCUUUCUGAAUAGUUACCUGCCUACAUACUGAGAUCAUUCUAAAUUGUAAAUCACGUUGUGUGUACAACAAGUCAAAAGCUUUCGGCAGUGGAAGUAUAGUCUUUACUCAGUGCUUUGACCAAGAUAUGGUCAAUUCAUAUUUCCAACUAGCCUUUUCUUACUACCAGGGACGGCAGGUAACCUAGUGGUUAGAGGCAGGGUAGCCUAGUGGUGAGAGGCAGGGUAGCCUAGUGGUUAGAGGCAGGGUAGCCUAGUGGUUAGAGGCAGGGUAGCCUAGUGGUUAGAGGCAGGGUAGCCUAGUGGUUAGAGGCAGGGUAGCCUAGUGGUUAGAGGCAGGGUAGCCUAGUGGUUAGAGCGUGGGGCCAGUAACCGAAAGGUUGCUAGAUCGAAUCGCUGAGCUAAACAGGGUAAAAAUCUGUCGUUCUGCCCCCGGAACAAGGGAGUUAACCCACCAUUUUUAGGCCGUCAUUGUAAAUAAGAAUUUGUUCAUAACUGACUUGCCUAGUUAAAUAAAAUUGAAUAAUGGUCAAUCAACAAACCAAGUAGAAUGGGUGUCUAUAGGCCUAAUGGUGCUCUCUCCUCAGGUAUCCUAGCAACUGAAUUAAACUGUAACUUUUUGUUCAUUCUAUCUUCGUGUUUACGUUUGCUCAUGCGUGUGUUGAAAUUCCUCAGGGCCCAGCCUAAUAAUCCUGUUGGACAAUGGAACACCUCAAACCCUCGCAAUUUACACCAAUGUUUCAAUCUUGUUUCAAAGUCUAAAGAUACUGAUGUUGUCAUUUUGUUCUAUGUAAAUAAAUGGAUGUUUUGAAUAAA